UGGGCCGACUGCAACGGGAAGAGUCUCCUGCAUGCUCCAAGUUCCCUUCCAAGCAACAUCACUGGUUUGGACCUCUCCUUCAACUCCUUGGUCAUGCCCAGUCAUGGGACUCUCUUGAUGCGUUUCCACUCCCUGCGCUCCCUCAACCUCUCUAGCAAUGCCCUGCUGACACUGAGCCCAGCCAUCUUCUCUAACCUCGGGGCACUGCACCUGCUGGACCUGAGCAGCUGCAGCAUCGCCUUCCUCCACACGGACGCUUUCAAGGGCUUGGGAAACUUGCACACGCUGCUGCUGAGAAACAACAGCCUGCAAGAGCUUGAGGUCCCUUUCUUCCUGCCGCUGAAGGCUCUUUUCCACCUGGACCUGCAGCAUAAUGCGCUGGUCUCUGUUGACGCUUUGAGCCUGCAGCUGAUGGAGGCAGUCCCGCAGGUCCGGCUGGAAGGGAACCCUUGGGUCUGUGACUGCACUGCGCACCCUCUGCAGCAGUGGCUACAGCGCCGGCAAGCUCUGCAGGUGACCUGUGCGACGCCCCCGGGGCUGCAGGGCCGGGAGGUCGCAGCUCUGGAUUCCCAGGACCUGGGCUGCCGGAUGAAGCAGCGGUUUCCUCGAGGACUCAGCACGGCCCAGCAGAUCACAGUGACCCACAGCAAUGCCACCACACUGCCCGCCAGGAAGGGGGGAAGGAGCUGGCCGUACCUGGUGGGCUUCCUGGUGGCAGCAAUUGGCAUCUCCAUCCUGAUCACACUGGCUGCCAAGUGCAAGCUCUUCCACAAGAACCUUGCCAGCUACCGCCACCGGCCACUGCCUGAAACCAGCUCCAUUGGAGGCGGCCCCAUGGAGGACGGCACCGGCUGGGACAGGGGCUCCUCAGACUGGGGGGCCAGCGAGAGGCACCCUGUGCCCGGUGCCGCUGACCUGCAAGCUGAGGAUGACGACGGCUUCAUUGAGGACAACUACAUCCAGCCAAGCGAGGAAGAGGAGCAGGAGUCACACCUCUCCAUCUGA